AUGUGUGAAGUAACGUCAUCGAAUUUUCUUGAAUUAUUUCCAUUAAUUAUUAAAUUAAUUGAUAAAUCAUGUUUUCUUGCAAUUGAUACUGAAUUUAGUUCAAUAGAUACAUUUUCUUCAUCAAUUAAAACUAUAAAACAAUUUUAUGAACAACGUUCUAAUUUUGUAAAACAAAUAACAAUAUUUCAAUUUGGUCUUGCUAUUUUUUCUAAAACAUCUGAUCAACAAAAAUAUGAAGUUAAUAUUUAUAAUUUUUAUCUUAAUCCAACAUCAAUUCAUCCAAUUGAUGUUAAAUAUUUAAUUCAAUCAUCAUCAAUAAAAUUUUUAGCUGAAUAUAAUUUUGAUUUUAAUAAAUGUUUUUAUUCAGGUAUAUCAUUUCUUAAUCAAACACAAGAACAAAUUUUAUUAAAUCAAAAUAAAUCAAUAUCAAGUUAUAGAUUUUCAAUAACUGAACAAAAUUUUUUAAAUUUUUUAUCUGAAAAAAUUAAUGAAUGGUUAAUAACAGCACAUAUUGGUGAUCAAAUGCAAUAUGAAUUAAAUAAUAAUAAUAGUAAAGAAAUUUUAAAUGAUUAUUUACUUCAUGUUGAAAUACGUCGUUGUUUUAAAACAAUUUGGACAACAACGAAAAUAAUUGAAAAUAAAAAAAUACUUUUUAUUGAACAUAUUACAAAAGAAACAUAUGAACAAAGAAUAAAAGAUAAUAUUGAUAACAAUCAAGAUUUUCAAUUAUUUAUUCAAUCAUUACUUGGUUUUACUAAUCUUAUACAUUAUAUACGAGAUAAUUAUCGAAAACCAAUCGUAGGUCAUAAUUGUUUUCUUGAUUGGUUACUUAUUUAUGAUAAAUUUCUUGAUAAUCUUCCAUUAAAAUUUGAAGAAUUUCAAAUAUUAAUGAAUAAAAAUUUUUUAUUAUCAAUAUUUGAUACAAAAUAUCUUGCACUUGAAAUGAAAGAAUAUUUAUUUACACGUCAAAAUCGGUCAAAUAUAAGUAAUUAUAUUGAAAAUUUAACAACAGCAACAUCACUUUCAUCACUAUAUGAUUUAUUAACAUCAAAAUAUUAUGAUAGUUUAAUAUUUUUUAAACCAAUUAUUGAAAUAAAUUCAAAUAAUCGAUAUAAAAAUCAAGUUUGGAAACAUGAAGCUGGUUAUGAUGCAUAUAUGUCUGGUGUUAUAUUUCUUAAAUUAAUUUAUUUAUAUAAACAAAAAAAAUAUCAUAAAAUUGAUUUAUAUGAAUAUCAAUCAAUAUUUGAUAUAUGUUUAAAUGAUAUACAAAUAUAUAAAAAUCGUUUUUAUUCAACAUUUACUUCAUAUAUAUCAUUAAAUCGAUAUGAUAGAAAUAAAAAUUUAACAAAAAAAUUACAACAAUGUCUUGUUAUUGAAAAAUAUAAUAAAGAUAAAAUUGAUAUGUCAGAUAUAAUAUCACGUUUUAAUUCAUAUUGUUCAAUGGAAUAUGAAAUAGAUAAUAAUUUAAAUAAAAUUUAUCUUUUAUUUCAAUCUGAACAUUGUCAACGACAAAUUCUUAAAGAUUAUACAAAUCAUCCAUUAUAUAAAAUUGAAAAAUUUAAUUGGUUUAAACAUUCAUUAUUUGCUAAAUAUACAUUUGGAAUAUCAAUAGUAAUGACUGGUAUUUGUAUUUUUUUUCUAGUCAAACGUCAAAUUUGA